UUUUCUUGCGAAACGAAAGCUUCAAUCUUCUUCUUCUUCUCUCUCUCUAAACUGAAUUCUUCUCUUUCUGAGUUUUAAGUGUCCGAUGAGCUGGAGUUGAAUUCCCGCCAUUUCUCUAGUAUAGAGGAUGUUGGGCUCUGGAGGUGAUGAUCUGAAGGAGAUGACAGAGGUGAAAACAGAGGGUUAUUGUCUGGAGAAUAAGCAGUCAGCAGCUGCUUCGAGUUCGUCUGUUUCUGAAACCAGUGGCAGUGUCACGCUGAAAUCGCCCGGGAUUGGAAGCCCGACAGCUACAUCUCCAUCUCAUCGGAGGACAACGGGGCCAAUUAGGAGAGCGAAAGGAGGCUGGACACCAGAGGAGGAUGAUACACUGAAAAGAGCUGUUGCAGCUUUCAAGGGGAAGUGUUGGAAGAAAAUAGCCGAAUUCUUUCCGGAUAGAUCAGAAGUGCAGUGCUUGCACAGAUGGCAAAAAGUUCUAAAUCCUGAACUUGUUAAGGGACCAUGGACUCAGGAGGAAGACGAAAAAAUUGUUGAACUAGUAGCAAAAUAUGGGCCUACAAAAUGGUCGGUCAUAGCAAAGUCUUUGCCUGGUCGAAUAGGGAAGCAGUGCCGCGAAAGGUGGCACAAUCAUCUGAAUCCUGGCAUAAAGAAGGAUGCCUGGGCAUUGGAAGAGGAACUAGCUCUCAUGAAUGCUCAUCGGGUUCACGGGAACAAAUGGGCUGAAAUUGCUAAGGUUCUACCUGGCAGGACCGAUAAUGCAAUCAAGAAUCACUGGAAUAGUUCUCUGAAGAAAAAGCUAGAUUUCUAUUUGGCCACAGGGAACCUUCCCCCAGUUGCUAAGAAUGGUCUUCAAAAUGGUUCUACAGACAUUAGUGGGUUGUCAUCCGCUAAUGUCAUUGGUAGGUCACACAAUGGAUCAGACGCAAUAGCUUUAGCUUCAUCAGAAAUCACAGAUGGCCAUAAAGUGGAAGUAGUUGGUAAGGAUCAAGAAGAUAUUGCCUCCUCAGUCCCAGACAUUGGUGCUUCAACUAGUGUUUUUCACAACAAUUCUACUGAUUCUGAAGUGGUUAGAUAUGAGGAAGAGUCUUUUCAGAUAAACCCUGGCCAGAUUGAUCCAAACAUAGAUGCCAUGUUUGACAAAAGCAGAACUAGUGAUGAAAUCUAUCAAUAUAGAGUGAUAGAGACACCAAUGAGCUCUCAAAUUCCAGAAUACGGUACCUUGUACUAUGAGCCACCACUACUAGAAAACUAUGUUCCACUGGAUUCGGAUCUUCAAAAUGGUCACCAGUAUUCAGAGAGUAGUCCAAAACUGUCACCUAUUGGUAUUUUCACUCCACCUAGUGUGAGCAGUGGUAGCCUGUACCUGCAAACGCCAGAAUCUAUACUGAAAAUUGCUGCUCAAAGUUUCCCAAACACUCCUUCUAUUUUAAGAAAGAGAAAGACUGAACAUCAUUUAUCAACACCAUCACAUAAAGUUGGGAAGGACGAAGAAAGUAUCAAGGAUAGACUUCUUGUAUCUGAUGAGAGUAAGCAAAAUAGUACUUUCCAGAGAUCUGAGUUGCAAGAUAGAAGUUUCCAUGAAAGUUCUCACAAUGACACCAAUGGACAUUGCAAUGCUAAAUCAUUUAAUGCAUCUCCACCAUAUCGGUUAAGAUCCAAACGAACUACUGUAUUAAAGUCCGUCGAGAAGCAGCUUAAGUUUGUAUUCAACGAGGAGCAAUGUGACAACAACACAAAUCAUCAUAGUCCGACCAUUAAAGAGGUUUCUCCAGCCAAAAAUAAUUUAGAGACAGCAAAGACGGGGGUGACAUAGAACAUGACUGAUUCUCUUUUGAAUUUCCUCUUGUUGCAUGCCGACUAGCUUGCUCACAGACACACAUGGAGAAAGGGAGGGAAGACUUAAAAUUUGUGAACCUUAAAGUGAACACCAGAAAAGAGUUGCUGAGGUGGUUUAUUAAGUGCUCAGGUGGAUAACACUAAAAAAAUACUAACAGUAAUUGGAGUAGUAUCAUGCGAUUGAAUUCCUGUCCACCGUCAAGAAGUGUUGACCGUGUAAGCAGGUUGGAACUUAAAAGAAGGAAGCUAAAAUUAAUGUUGUAUAUGGCUGUUGUCAUUCCUCUUGACAUUUCCUAUCAAUUAUGUCGGCUGUUAAUAUAAUUACAAGUGUUAUUGUACUUCUCUUGAAGCUAACCUUCUUGAAUAAUCUCUCUUCCACCGACUGCAUUGUGGAUUAUGAUUUUACUUAUUUAUGUUUUUCUUCCUUAACCUUUUCUUACCUUUUCCGCUUCUAUUGCUAUUGUUAUCUGUUUUCACUCUCUAUUUUACUGGCCAUCGUUCUACUUUUAAGGUUUGAUUCUUUGGUUCCC